AUGGAUGUGGAGCGAUGUUCCUUAUACAAUUGCGUCGUGAACUUUCUGUUGGAAGAGAACUACAUUCUUACCGCAUUUGAACUUCUUCACGAGCUUCAAGAAGAUGGACGCCACGAUCAGGCCAUUCGCCUCCAACAAUACUUCUCCGAUCCCUCUCGUUUCCCUCCCAAUCAAAUCUCUCGCUUCAACUCUCUCUCUCUCCCAAAUCCUCAAACUUUGCUUCAACAGAAAGAUGAAGCCGAAGAAAAGUUAGCCAUUACUGAUUACGAACUGCGUUUGGCACAAGAAGACAUCUCAAAACUCAAAUCUGAAUUGCAAACCAAAAAUCAACUAUAUCAUGCAGCUGCACAGUCAAGUGGAGAUGUUUCGGUGAAUGGUGAGCUACCGAUUCGAAAAGAAAAAAGGAAUGCUUCAUUUUCUUGUUUGGGUCCACUAAAUGAUACUGAACGUCGACAUCUUAAUUGUGCUGUGAAGGAUUAUUUACUUACAGCUGGCUACCGUCUCACUGCCAUGACAUUUUAUGAAGAGGUUACAGACCAGAACUUGGACAUAUGGCAGAAUACACAUGAAUUAAUACCAGAUACCUUGCGUCAAUAUUAUUAUCAAUAUCUUUCAUUAACUUCAGAGGCUGCUGAGGGAAAAAUUACCCAUGUUCGAGAAAAUGAAACAUUGCUGAAAGCAAAUCAGAGGCUGAAUCAAGAAAAGGAAAGCUUGUUGAAGGACAAAGAUUUGGCAGAUGGUCAAAUAGGAGCAUUAACUAAAUCCUUGGACGCACUGCAAAAAGAUCUCAAAGACAAAGAGAACCUGGUCCAAGUCUUAAAGCAGUCAUUGGAGAAUCAGAGAAAGGAGCUCAAUGCUAGUAGAGUUGAGAUGAGUAAGCUGAAAAUGCAUAUUGAAGGAUCUGAUUCUGGAAAUAAUCUGGUUGUUAGUAAUGUUGAUAAUAUUCAGCCUGAGUCUUUAGAUAGGUACAAGGACGAAAUUAAGAAAUUGCAGAUGCAAGUUCAGUGGUUGAAGCAAAACAAUAUUGUAGCUCCUGAACCUGGAAAUUUUGUUGGUUCUGAAAAUGAAACUCUGCAUAGUGAAGACAAAGUGAUUGAGAUUCGCGAGGAUGAAGGUGCAAUCUCAUACGCUGUUGAUGUGGCAUUAGGUGUCGCACGCAACGAAGAUACUCAAUCACAGGCUGUUAAAACUAUUAACGAGUAUAAUGAUAAACACGAAGAUGCCCUGCAUGCAUUAUUUAAUCCUGCAAAUGCAAAUAGUGCUUUUGAAAAAAUUGAAGUCUCUGAACAAAAUGUUGGCAAGCAAGAAGGGGAUAGCAGGUUACAUAUAAAACCAGGCGGGGUAAAUGAUGAAGCAAUAUCUGAGAAGACGGGAUUAGGAACCAUUCAGAUACUUGCAGACGCUUUGCCUAAUAUUGUUCCUUACGUCUUGAUCAACCAUCGUGAGGAGCUCCUUCCUCUGAUGAUGUGUGCCAUUGAGCACCACCCAGACAGCAGGACUCGGGAUUCUUUGACCCACACAUUAUUUAACUUAAUAAAGCGUCCUGAUGAGCAACAGAGACGAAUUAUAAUGGAUGCAUGUGUCAACCUUGCAAAGAAUGUUGGCGAGAUGAGAACAGAAACAGAAUUGCUUCCUCAAUGUUGGGAACAAAUAAAUCACAUGUACGAGGAGCGGAGACUGCUCGUUGCUCAAUCAUGUGGAGAGCUUGCAGAAUUUGUACGGCCUGAGAUUCGUGAUUCACUUAUCUUAUCAAUUGUGCAACAACUAAUAGAAGAUUCUGCCACUAUUGUUCGAGAGGCUGCGGCUCGAAAUUUGGCUAUGCUGCUUCCACUUUUCCUAAAUAUGGAUAAAUAUUUCAAGGUGGAGGAGCUGAUGUUCCAAUUGAUAUGUGAUCCCUCAGGAGUGGUGGUGGAAACUACUCUCAAGGAAUUGGUUCCUGCAGUUAUAAAGUGGGGAAGCAAAUUAGACCACGUUUUGAUAGUUUUACUCUCUCAUAUUUUGAGCUCUGCUCAGCAUUGUCCACCUCUUUCUGUAGUUGAAGGGUGUGUGGAGUCACAUCUACAUGUAUUGGGUGAAAGAGAGCGCUGGAAUAUAGAUGUUCUAUUGAGAACGCUGGGGGAAUUGCUUCCUUUGGUGCACCAGAAAUCAAUUGAGACAUGUCCCUUCUCGUCUAGCAUAGAAACUACGCAACUUGUGUUAUCAACUACAUUACUUGAAUUGUAUGCAAGGGGAAAUGUUGAAUGGGAUGCAUUUGAAUGGAUGCAUGUUGAGUGCUUUCCUAAAUUGAUACAGCUGACUUGUUUGUUACCAUGGAAAGAAGAUAAUUUACGGAACCGAAUUUCAAAGUUUCUAAUAUCUGUUUCCGAAAGGUUUGGGGAUUCCUAUGUGACAUGCAUAAUGCUACCUGUAUUUUUAACAGCAGUUGGGGAUGAUGCUGAUUUGACAUUUUUCCCUAGUGCCAUUCAUUCGAGAAUUAAAGGUUUGAGACCAAGAUCUGAUGUUGCUGAGAGGCUCUCUACGUUGUGUGUCCUACCACUUGUGUUGGCUGGUGUUCUGGGUGCUCAUGGAAAACGCAAACAAUUAGAAAAGUACUUGAGAAAGCUGCUACUACUAGAAGACAAUUCCAAGGAGAAUCCGUUAACCAAGCACCCUCCUGAGAUUAUUAAUGCUGUGCGCUUCAUUUGCAUAUAUGAAGAAAACCAUAGUAUGACAUUUAUUAUAAUGUGGGAAAUGGUUCUGAGCUCUAACGAGGACAUGAAAAUAAGUGCCGCCAAGCUUCUGAAAGUUAUUGUGCCAUAUGUUGAUGCAAAGGUUGCUUCAACUCAUGCUUUGCCUGCCCUAGUUACUCUUGGAUCCGACCAAAACCUUAAUGUGAAGUGUGCUAGCAUUGAUGCAUUUGGUGCAGUGGCUCAACACUUUAAAAAUGAUAUGAUCGUUGACAAGAUACGUGUUCAAAUGGGUGCUUUUCUUGAAGAUGGAUCGCAUGAAGCUACUAUUGCUGUCAUUCAUGCGUUGGUGGCUGCGGUACCACAUACAACAGAACAGCUUAGGGAUUAUCUUUUGUCCAAGAUUUCUCAACUUUCAUCCGUGCCAACUGCUGCUUCAAGUGAUUUGGUGCGUCGGCGAGAAAGAGCUAAAGCAUUUUGUGAGGCAAUCCGUGUUCUGGAUGCCACAGAUCUUCCGGAAAAUAGUGUUCGUGACUUACUCCUGCCUGCUAUAAGGAACCUCUUAAAAGACUCGGAUGCAAUGGAUCCAGCGCACAAAGAAGCCCUUGAAAUUAUUAUGAAGGAAAGAUCAAGGGAAAGUUUUGGGAGUGCAAGUAAGGUAACGGGUCCUCAUCUUGCGCUUGCAUCAACAGUCAGCAACUUCUUUGGUGAAGGUGGCUUGCGUGGAAAGAAAGACACCACAGAACCAUCAUCAGAGAGAGUUGAGUCCCCUAAGGCUGUUACAUCACAAACACCAGCAGAGGACACAAGAUUCAGGCGCAUUAUGCUAGGACAUUUCGGUGAGAUACUUCGGGGCAAGGCAAAAUCCCAAGAGGAAACUCACUACCAAUAAGAUGCAUUUCUUCAAUCUCCCUUAUAAUUACAUCUAAAUUUUUUAUUAACUGUUGGUUCCCAAAUACACAAUAAAUGUUUUUUU